UUCUUAAGUGAAAAAACCUUAUACCUAUUUCUUUUCUUCAUCUUCUUCUGUCCUUCUGAUCUGACUGCCUCUGUCUGUCUAACCAAGAAGUGUUUGGCAGCUGGCUAUGUGACUGGUGGGAGAGAUGGUGUGGUUACCAUGUGGGAUCCACUUUUUGAACACUGUCUGAAAGCAUUCAAGGUGGAAGAUGCUGCCAUGAAUCCAGGCUCAGUUCUUUUACAGAAUUUGCCACCAGUUAGAGCCUUGCACACUGAUGAAGGGAAAAUACUAAUUGGCACUGGAAAUGAUGAGAUCAUUGAAAUUGAAGAAGAUGGCAAGAUGACAAUUUUGGUGCAGGGUCACGGUGAAGGGGAAGUCUGGGGACUAGACACACAUCCAGCAGAUGAUGAGUGCAUGACCGUCAGCGAUGACAAGACACUUAGAGUCUGGGACCUAACUAAACUGAGAUUAAAAAAGGUAAAGAAACUGAAGAAAGGUGGUCGUGCUGUGGCUUACUCCCCAGAUGGUAUUACUGUGGCUGUCGGUCAGAAUGAUGGUGGUUUCCUCAUUUUAGAUGCGGAAUCAUUGGAAAAGAUUGUUGGAUUCAAGGACAGAAAGGAGGGCAUUUCUGAUAUCAAGUUUUCACCUGAUGGUAAAUUGUUAGCGGUCGGUUCACACGACAACUUCGUGGAUAUCUACAGCGUGAGGCGGGGCAGACGGACUGGUGUCUGUAAAGGAAGUUCUAGUUACAUCACUCACUUAGACUGGGACACUAAAGGAAAGCUUAUUCAAACCAACUCCGGAGCUCGUGAACACUUAUUUCACGAGGCACCAUUUGGCAGUCGAAAGACCAUAAGUGUUCCGGAUAUUGAGAGGCUGCAAUGGUCCACGUUCACUUGUGUCCUGGGUCCUACUGUUAAAGGUGUUUUCCCGCCCGGAAGUGACGUCACCGAUGUCAACGCCACCUGUCGCUCCAAGGACGGCGGCCUAUUGGCCAGCGGAGAUGAUUUUGGUUUGGUGAAGCUUUUUGAGUACCCAGUGUCGCAUCGUGGGGCACGUGCUCGGCAAUAUGGAGGUCACUCCUCUCACGUGACAAACGUUCGGUGGACUUAUGAUGACCGCGUACUUGUAUCAACGGGAGGCCUGGAUACGGCCAUUCUAGUCUGGGACCGACUGGUUGUUUCGGAAGUUGAUGAGCCUGAUAAAGCCGCGGAAGAGAAGGUGCUUGUUCAACCCAAGUUUAUCCCAACUGGGCCAAUAAAGAAUCCGAUUGCCAGGGGAAAACCACAGUGGGAUUGAGGCACUUGCAUUACAUUUUAAUUCGUGUCUGCUUCGUACUUUGUGACUGGGGAAAAUGCUCUGCAAGUUAUUGAACAACUUUGAUUGUGUGUUGAGAGUACUUCAGGUUACAUUGGUCCUAGAUAUUCGCGCCGUUUUCUAAACCAAGCAGAUGCAAAACUAAAACCAUUGGGACUUGGACGCUCGUUUCUUCACGCACAUUUUUUUUUUUAAUUUCUUUGUUUAUCUUAGCUCCUUGUUUUCCUUUGGUUGUCUUGAUUGGCCAUUAUAACAAUGAACGUGGUACUCAUCGUCUGAUUGGUCAAUUCAGUUACCAAGCGAAUGCUUUAUCAGGUUAUGGAGCCCGCAUGUAAUUAGUUAGGUCAAUGAAGCAACAAGACGCAUUUUUUCGGGGCCCUAUCACGUGUUAUAGUUCACCACUAAAUUUUAUCCAGUUCUUAUCGGUUUAAAUCGAUCACGUGACGCGAUAGUGUUCAUCC